AAAAAAAAAAGAUUCUGGUUAAAGAAAGGGCCUGAUAAUAAAAUAUACUCAUUAAUUCAUGUCGAAGUCCUAUCAUUCCGUCUGUUUUCUAGUUGUUCGUUAAAAUGCCCACAAAGCCCCCGAUAUAACGCAAACACUGAACCAACCCAUACAGGCACCCACCUACCCCACCCUGGCUAUCUUUUCCCACUCCAGCGUCCCGAUUCCAUUUCUCUCUCUUCGAUUAGCCGACAAAAUUCACAGAACCAAAGAACAUCCACACUUAAAAAACAUAUAAUACUAAUUUAUUUAUUUUAAAAUUAAAAAAGGAAAAAAUAUCAAAAGACGAAACUCUCACUAAUGUGUCUGCUCCCUUGCCGUACUCACUGAUUCCUCAUUCUCUCUCUCUGAAUCACUCUCUUUACUUUGAUUCCUCUCCAUGGAAGCUAGCAAGCUAGGGGUUGGUUGGCUUUUGAACCAUAAUGUGAAACCCUAGCUAAGCAUUUUUAGUUGCGGCUUUUUUGGGAUCUUGGUUCGAAGAGAUACGGACAAAGGAUAAGACUGCUUUUGACAGAAUGGGGAAUUGUUGUAGAUCUCCGGCGGCCGUUGCAAGAGAAGACGUGAAAUCGAACUUCUCCGGCCACGAUCACGCCCGUAAAGAUUCCGUUUCCAAACAGAAGCCGCCGAUCACCGUACUCACUGGAGUUCCUAAGGAGAACAUCGAAGAGAAAUACCUAGUUGAUUGCGAGCUCGGCCGAGGUGAGUUCGGAGUUACUUAUCUUUGCAUCGACCGCGGCACGCGCGAGUUGCUCGCGUGCAAGUCAAUCUCGAAGAGGAAGCUGAGGACUGCCGUGGAUAUUGAAGAUGUGAGACGAGAAGUUGCGAUUAUGAAGCACUUGCCGAAGAAUUCGAGUAUCGUGAGUUUGAAAGAAGCCUAUGAGGAUGACAAUGCGGUUCAUUUGGUGAUGGAGCUUUGCGAAGGUGGUGAGCUUUUUGACAGGAUCGUCGCAAGAGGACAUUACACAGAGAGAGCCGCCGCGGCUGUGACGAGGACGAUUGUGGAAGUGGUUCAGCUUUGCCAUAAGCAUGGAGUGAUUCAUAGAGAUUUAAAGCCUGAAAAUUUUUUGUUCGCUAAUAAGAAAGAGAAUUCACCAUUAAAAGCUAUCGAUUUUGGGUUAUCGAUAUUUUUCAAGCCAGGUGAACGAUUCUCUGAGAUUGUUGGAAGUCCAUAUUAUAUGGCUCCUGAGGUGCUCAAACGGAAUUAUGGGCCAGAAAUAGAUAUUUGGAGUGCAGGAGUCAUUCUCUAUAUUUUGUUGUGCGGAGUUCCUCCUUUUUGGGCUGAGUCUGAACAAGGUGUUGCACAGGCAAUUCUUCGUGGGUUAAUAGAUUUCAAACGUGACCCAUGGCCAAAUAUUUCAGAGAGUGCUAAGAAUCUAGUCCAGCAAAUGUUGGAACCAGACCCAAAGCUUCGACUCAAUGCAAAGCAAGUGCUUGAGCAUCCUUGGCUCCAAAAUGCUAAAAAGGCUCCCAAUGUUCCUCUUGGCGAUGCUGUUAAGUCAAGGCUUAAACAAUUUUCAAUGAUGAACAGAUUCAAAAGAAAAGCCCUGCAGGUUAUUGCUGAGUUCUUGUCUGUUGAAGAAGUUGAAGACAUCAAAGAAAUGUUCAAUAAAAUGGACACCGAUAAUGAUGGCAUUGUUUCAAUUGAAGAGCUGAAAGCUGGAUUUAGAAAUUCUGGUUCGCAGCUUGUAGAGUCUGAAGUGCAGAUGCUUAUUGAAGCUGUUGAUACCAAAGGGAAAGGAACAUUGGACUACGGGGAAUUUCUUGCCGUUUCUCUCCAUCUGCAAAGAAUGGCCAAUGAUGAGCAUCUUCGAAAGGCCUUUUCCUAUUUUGACAAAGAUGGGAAUGGUUUCAUUGAGCCUGAUGAGCUUCGGGAUGCAUUAAUGGAGGAUGGAGCGGAUGAUUGUACUAAUGUUGCAAAUGACAUCUUCCAAGAAGUGGACACAGACAAGGAUGGACGGAUUAGCUAUGAUGAAUUUGCAGCCAUGAUGAAAACUGGUACAGAUUGGAGAAAGGCAUCUCGACAUUACUCGAGAGGGAGAUUCAACAGUCUAAGCAUAAAGCUAAUGAAGGAUGGUUCUCUGAAUUUGGGGAGUGAGUAGAAUCAUACUAGUUCUCUGCUUAGUUCAUCCUUGCAAGAAAAGUACUGGAUCAUUCCUUGUAUAUCUCGGACUUUGCUUUUUCUUGUGAUUAUUUGCGGAUGGGGGCUUUUCAUAAAUGGGGUCCUUUUGCCUGGUGGUUUACAAGGUUUGUUGAGGGCCGAGUACAUCUUGUUUGUCUCUGCUAAUGUUAAUUGCGGAGAACGCCUUGUGGCCAUAGACGUUUAUGAUUCUCUCCUACCACUACCAACCUUUUGAUUAUUGUUUCUUGUUGACAACAUGGGAUUGAGUUGUGUAGUGCCUAGUAUAUUCUUGUCCAAAGAAAUAUGGUAUUGGAAUCGAAAUGGCUUUCACA